AUGACCGUCACCUCAUCCAUCGAUUUGUCCACAAUAACCACAGAAACAACGAGAGGGCCAGAAGAACAGGAAGAUGGCGAACAACAGAUAGUAUUCAUCAAGAAGAAGAAGAAAAAGAAUAGUAACAAUGCCACGCUUCGUUCUAAGGAUGAAGUCUCGAAGGAUCGAGUCAAGGAGGAGGAAGUAGAAGCGCGAAGGACGGUAGAGGAGAUGAUAGCGCUUCGCAGACUCAAGCAGGCCAGGGUGGGCAUCGAGCUCCAACGACUGAACGCGGGCGAGCCGAAGAAGAAGAAGAAGAAGAAAAACCCGAAUGCGGCGGGCGAGGGGGCCGACGGAUCUGAGCAGGGCGGCAAGCCGGUCGGCGCAAACACUGACCCGCUCGACGAUGAUCCUGUCAAGGACGAUCGACUGGCAGACGAUGAGCCGGAGGACGAGGACGCUCGGACACGAAAGAUCAUCAAAUCUAACCAUUUCACUCAACAAACCAACACCUUAGAUGUAGACAAACACAUGAUGGCCUACAUAGAAGAAGAGCUACAGAGACGACGGACGGAUGCGAUUGCGGCGGGGACGAUUGAGAGCUCGGAGCCGAUCCUGAAAGGGCUCGAGGCGAUCGCCUCCUUGGAUCCGCGCGACGAGCUGUACAAGAUCGCGGAGAAGUAUCGGAUCCAGAAGAAGCCGGUGGUCGAAGGAAACGUGACGCUGAGUGCGACGAUGCUCACCUCGAUUCCGGAGGUCGACCUGGGCAUCGAUAAUCGGAUCAGGAAUUUCGAGGCGACCGAGAAAGCCAAACGACAAUUAACCGAACAACGAGCGCAGCAGAAUCAAGCGAAGACGACGACGGGGUUUGGGGCGACCCAGGGCGGGCCGAGCUCUGGCGCCGAGCCCAAGGAGCACUUUGCCGCGGACCGGUUCUUGCUGCCGAACCAUCUCAAACAGAACCCUUUGAACGAGCUCGAUUCGCUCAAGAUUGCCCGGCUCGAAAGCGAGGGUCUGUUCGAGGAAGCCGACGUGCUUCGCAAAGACCUCAAACGCAAAGCUUAUCAACUUAAAUAUGGCAAUAAUAACAAUUCUUCGACUAAUGCGUCCACCAAUAAUCAUCGCUUCGGAUCAAACCAUCAUGGGCCUCGCUCUAAUCAACUCGCAACUGACGAUCGGGCCGUCGAAAACUUCCGCAAACGGAUGGGCGGAAGACGUUGA